AAGUCGAAAUUUCGACUUAGUAACUCAUAAUAAUGACUUAGUAUCUCAUAAUAAUGACAAACUAAGUCGAAAUUUUGACUUAAUAACUCAUAAUAAUGCCCCCACAAUGCCCCGGCCUGGAGCCUGCCACACAAAGCCAGACAAUCUCGAGCUGUGACCCAGUGCGCAUCUUCCACCCCCAAGUGAACAUCGCACAAAAAAAAUUAAAUCAUGUGUUUUGUGUUUGCUUCCAAUAGAAUGCAUAUUUGUCAAACAAAGAAGCUAUCAUCUUGCAAAUAGGUAAACUAACCCAUUGCUUGUAAAUAUAUCGAUUAGGCCUAUUGUAGUUUAACGUUUUACUUUUAAUUGUGCGUUUUACUUGUCGUAAAUGAUCUUAGAAGUAACCUAAAAAUUCAUUAAAGUUUUGUACACCAAAGCACCCGUUAACCUUGUCAUUUUAAACAUUUAAAUGAUCAUAUAGGCUACUGUAAUUAGGCUAGAAAAGAAAAUACUUUACUUAUGUAAUGAAAAUAAGAAAUCGCAUUGGAAUCUAAUUUUACAUUGUUCUAAUCGAAAAAACUUGAUCUAUCUUUCUAUUUGUCAUUAUUCCUUAUCAGUUAUCAAAAGGGUAAAGCAUACACGUACCUUCACCCCAUCUCAAAGCUUGCGUACACGAGCUGAGACCUGUCGUGAGAUUUGGUAACAACCGCUCACGUCUAUAUUGAUAAAUACCAAGUUUUGCGUGGAAACGACCGUACGCCCAGUUUUCGGUCGUACGCUCGUUUCAUAAAUGAGGCCGUGUGUGUGUGUUCAUGUUUUUAAAUCCCGGUGGGGACCUAAACCUGAAUGCACACUAACACAUGGGGACUCGUGUCACCGUGGGGACCAAAAUUGAGUUCCUCAUGUGCAAAAAAGCUUAUAAAUUGUACAGAACGAUAAUUUUUGAAAAUCUAAAAAUGCGAAAAGUUUUCUACGAUCUUUAGGUUUAGGGGUUGGGUUAAGGGAUCAAAUAUACAGUUUGUACAGUAUAAAAAAACAUUACGCCUAUGGACUGUCCCCACGGAGAUAAUAAACCAGACAUGUGUGUGUGCGUGCGUGCGUGCGUGUCAAGAGCUCAGCUGAGUUUUACCUCUGUUGUGGGGAUCAUCCAGUUCUCUCUAUGGGGUAAACAUACUAAAUUAUGCUUAUUCGAAAAUAUAUAAAUGCAGACAUUUGUCUUUGAAAUUUGAGAUUGAAUUAGGUCAGUAUCCAAACAAUAGUCUAUGGCAAGUCCUCACGAAGACACCAAAAGAAACGGUGUGCGUGUAAAGACGAGAAUAGAUAAACUGCUAACAUCAGGUGCCCUCUGCUGGUAAUCCUUUAACGUGAUCAAAUAUUCAAUACCUCGGAUGGCAUUAUUUUGAAUGCAUGAUGUACUCAUACAUAUAGUUUAGUGAGCUACAAAAAGUUUUUAAUUGAUCUGUACGAUACUUGAAUAUAGUAUAAACAUAUCGUAUACGUUAGUUUAUAUAACAUAAGAGUAGACCAAACACCUGCACAUUCUACUGUUAAUAGUCUGCACUGAACUCACAAGCAGUUGUGAACAGGCAAAUAUUUUCUUUAUAGUUGCGGACUGUUUCACGUGCACACCGUGUCAUUUAAUUAAUUCUUUAUUACAUCUGCUGCGACUGUUUGUUUGUUUACAUCGGUUUACCGUCUGCCGCAAGGGCUUCUGGUCCAUGUGUCUGCCAUAGUCGCGGUGCAUUGUGGGGAGGUUGUGGUCCUCCAGCAGCUCGGUUCGGAAUAAUGUCUGCCUCGGAGGCAGCGGACGUUUCUUCCCCGGGUUUGUGCCCGAGCUUUGCCGUGAUCUGCUCGUUUCUGGAGCGGUAUGGACCUCUGCUGGACUUACCGGAGGUGUCGUUCCCGGUGCUCGAGCGCAGUCUGCAGGAGAGCAGCGCGGUUCCUAAGCUCCUUGUGGAGCUUCACGUGAAGUUACUGAGGAAAAUCGGCAAGUCUGUAUCUGCAGACAGAUGGGAAAAGUAUCUCAUUAAACUCUGUCAGGAGUUUAACACCACAUGGGCAUGGGAGUUGGAAAAGAAGGGUUAUCCAGAGAUGACAGUGGAAUCUAAGAUAGGCAUACUGAAGUACUUGUGUGAAUGUCAGUUUGAUGACAAUGUAAAGUUCAAGACUGCUAUCAAUGAAGAGGACCCAGAUAAAAUGCGUCUUCAGCCUAUCGGCAGAGACAAAGAUGGCCUCAUGUACUGGUUUCAACUGGACCAAGACCACAAUGUGAGGAUCUAUGUGGAAGAACAGGAUGAUCUGGAUGGAUCGUCCUGGAAGUGUAUAGUGAGAAAUAGAAAUGACCUGGCUCAGAUUCUUGGGCUUCUGAAGACUCAGAUUGAUCCAGCGUUAUUGGUGAAGAAAGAUCAGGAGGAGGGGCCGUCCAGUAACAGUCCGAGUCCAGACGAUGAGGAGAACAAGAAGGAGGGUGAAGAAAUCAAAAAUGAGAAAACAAAAGACACAACAUGUCCUGAUCCAUCAGAAAAUAAGGAAAACAUAUCGGAGAAAGAGGUGAAGCAAGAGGUCACACAGGCCACGGAGGCUUCAUCAGAAAAGGACACUGACGUGAAGGAAGAGCUGCAGAAACAUUCAGAGACGCCAAAUGGAACUGCCGUUAUUACUGGACCAAUUAAAGAAGAGCCACUGGAUGAGGAGCCGAAAGUCAAAGACCCAUCAACAACUUCACAGAAUGCAGAACAGACAGAGGAGAUGAAGAGAAAAGCUGCAGAAGAAACUCAGAGAGCCCUAAAAAAUGACCAUCAAGCUAAAAUCCCCUUAAAAAAGCGAGAGAUGAAACUAAGUGAAGACUUUGACUGCAUCACCGUGCGAAAUACACCUGUCGCUCCUGUGAAGGAAUCACAGACGCGUAAUGAUGAAAGCAGAUUAAGUGGCGAGAAGAUCAACGGGCAUGUUCCCCACCCGAAAGAAAAAGAGAGCGAAACGCAGAAAGGGUCAGAAAAUCUUCAGAAGGAAACAACAGAGAAGAAUUCUGAAAAUCUGCUUUGUGAAUCCAAAAAGGAGAACAAGGAAGAUCUGAUGGAGGAAAAGAUGGACACCAGUGAAACAAGACUGUGUUCUGAGGAACAGAUGGAAGUGGAGAAACCUGAGGAAUCCUGUCCCUCUGUCAUAGAGGAAAAGAAAGAAAAAUCAGAAGCUUCUCAUGCAAAGAUCCCUGUUGAACAAGAAACAUCAGCAGUUACUGAGCCAUCAGAAAAUACAGCUAGUGUUGAAAUUAUAACUGAAAAUAAAAACAUUCCCAAUAGGGUAAGUGCGGGGGAUUUGGAUGCUUCAGAACUUGCAAAAGAACAGCAAAAGAACGAUUUCUCAAAAGGAGAACCACAGAAAGAUUUGACACAAGAAUCAAAGAAAGAUCUAUCACAAGAAGAUCCCAAGAACGAUAUCCUGCAAGAAGAAGAGCCCAAGAAAGAUGUCCCACCAGAAGGGCCCAAGAAAAAUGUCCCACCAGAAGAAGAGCCCAAAAAAAAUGUCCCACCAGAAGAAGAGCCCAAGAAAGAUCUCCCACAAGAAGAAGAACCCAAGAAAGAUCUCCCACAUGAAGAGCCCAAGAAGGAUCUCCCACCAGAAGGGCCCAAGAAAAAUGUCCCACCAGAAGAAGAGCCCAAAAAAAAUGUCCCACCAGAAGAAGAGCCCAAGAAAGAUCUCCCACCAGAUGAAGAGCCCAAGAAAGAUCUCCCACAUGAAGAGCCCAAGAAGGAUCUCCCACAAGAAGGGCCCAAGAAAGAUCUCCCACAAGAAGGGCCCAAGAAAGAUCUCCCACAAGAAGGGCCCAAGAAAGAUCUCCCACAAGAAGGGCCCAAGAAAGAUCUCCCACAAGAAGAACCUGAAAAAGAUCUUUCAAAAGAAAGUCCAAAACCUCACAAAGACAAAAAUGACUCCAAUAAAGACCCUAAAAAUCAAGAUCCAUCAGAACAGACAACAAUUGUGUCCAAAGAUACUGAACAAUCUACCACUGCAAUGGAGACCAAACAGUCCCAGCCCUGUAAGACAGAGAAUACCUUUACCCAUGAAACAAUCAAAACACAUUUUCACACAGAAGAGCCACCAAACCCAUCAAAUCUUGGAGAGAGUCAAGUGAAUUGCAGUCCAGAAGAAAUAAAACCUCACCACAGCACCAUAGAAAAAGAGUCCAAACCUGAAACAGCUACUGUUUCAAACUCUGAAGUUCUGUCUGAAGGAGACAAGCUGUCAACUGAUGUUCCCUGCAAACCUUCUGAAGGCCCUCAAGACAAAACAGGUGAGCAGUCCGCCUACUCUAAAUCGGCUUCUGCUGAGGUUGUAAAUUCAUCUGUUUGUGAUUCAACCAACAAGAAAACCACAGAGAAAGUGACAUGUGAGGAAAAAUGUGAUACAGCUGCGACAGAAGAAGAAACGUCUGAAACUAUGAAAGACAAAGGUGAGGAAGAUCUUUCAGGUGAAGUCAGUGAAGACGCAAAUAGAGCUAAAGAGUCAAAAGCUGAAGGAAACAGUUCUGAGAAACAUGCAGAUUCAAAGAAUCGGAACACCGAUCACCCAGUGGACGUCAGUUCAGAGAUCGCUAAUCCUGAUGACAUUCAAGGAUCUGAGACCAAAACAGAAGAGAAAAAGGAAUCUGAUGUUCCUCCAGAUAGUAAAACGAUCCCAAACAAACAAUGCGAGGACGACAAAACCAGAGCUUCAACAGAAGAAUCAAAAACAAGUGAUGUUCACGAUGAGGUUAAACCAGGAGAGGAGCAAGAAGAGACGAGUAAUGCGUCUUCACAAACGCAACAAGACAAAGGACGUAAGAAGACCAAGAUCCCAGCUCACAGACGAAAAGUGGAACUCCAGAGAGAGGAAGCGAGGGGGGAUUCAGAGUCAGAGACGACCGACGGCAGAUGCUUGAGGAGAUCUCCGAGGAUCUGUAGACCUACCGCUAAACUGGUGGAGAUCCAAGAUAGGAGGGCAGAGAGGAAGCAGGCGACUCCGGCAUCGGAGAAGGAUAAAGAGGAAGAGGAGGAAGAGGAGGAGCCUGUGCAGAAGAAACCGAGGAAAAUGGAGACAGAUGGCCAAACAAAACCAAAGGGUGGGAGGCGCCGAAGACGGACACGAUGGUCUCGCAUGAGGCGUAAAAAGAAAGGUUCGGACGACGAUGACGACACCGUCGAGGAGAGUGUAAGCGAGGAAGAGGAGACGGAGGAGGACGACAGCGAUGAAGAUUACAAGGUGGAGAAGACCAUGAAGAGAAGGAGGAACAGAAACCGAGAGCGGCGCAGCUCCGACUCGUCUACCUCCUCAUCAGAGGGUGAACCCAACGAUGACCCUUGCAAACACUGUGGCCUUCCCAAUCAUCCCGAACUGAUACUCCUGUGUGAUUCCUGUGACAGCGGCUACCAUACUGCCUGCCUGCGACCUCCGCUCAUGAUCAUUCCAGACGGGGAAUGGUUCUGUCCCCCCUGCCAGCAUAAGCAGCUUUGCGACCGGCUUGAUGAACAGUUGCAGAACUUAGAUGCCGCUUUGAAAAAGAGAGAACGUGCAGAGCGAAGGAAAGAGCGGCUUGUGUACGUUGGCAUUAGCAUGGAGAACAUCAUUACACCCACUGUGGAGGUGGAGGAAGAAAAAGAGGUGGAUAUAGUGAAAGAGAAGGAGAAAAAGGAAAUAAAAAAGAGCAAAAGUUGGGGGCGAAGGUCAACCAGGGCCAAAAAAUGCAUAAGCUACAGGUUUGAUGAAUUUGAUGAAGCAAUCGAAGAGGCAAUUGAGGAAGACAUCAAAGAAGCUGAGGGAGGAGGAGCCGGACGGGGGAAGGACAUGGCAAACAUCACCGGCCACAGAGGAAAAGACAUGUCCACCAUCCUGCAGGAGGAGGGUAAGGAGAACGGCCAGCCGCGGCAACCCAGCGCAAAUCAGAAGAGAAAGAAACGACGGCGUCUCAACGAUCUGGACAGCGAUAGCACAGUGGACGAGGAGGAGAGUGAGGACGAGUUUCGUCUUACUGACAGUUCGGAGGAAGAAUUUGUGGUGUCCAAUAAUGACGCAGAGAGCGAAGCAGAAGUUCAGUCCAAAGAAGACAGCGAUUUUGGGAGUGACGGUGACAACCCGCGGAUACGACCUUCAAAAAGGCAGGCCAGCCGGGGGCGAAGGAGACUGCCGCCACGCAGGAGACGCAGACCCAGAGGAUACUCCGAUGAUGAGGAGCUUGAAACUGAUGAGGAGGAAGAGGAAGAAAUUGUGACGGAAGGCUCUAGUGAAUUCAGUGACAGUGAUCUGGACGUCCGCUGCCGCCGGUCCCACAGAAGCCGUAAGCAGCAGGUGAAUUACUGUGAAAGUUCCGAUUCUGACGCCUCGCAGGGCAGCACCAAGAAAGACAAAAAGAAGCGCAGACGCCUUUCCAGCUCUGACAGUGAAGUUAGCUUCCAGUCCGGGGACUCUGAUGAAGAAGAGAGGAAGCCCAAGAAAAGAAGAGCAGACUCAUCCGAGGAAGAAUCCAGAAAACAGCGCAGACGUCUGUCCCUCAAACGCCGGAGGGAGUCGGAAGAUGAUGACGACGACGAUGACGAUUCGGACGAAUCCGAGGAAGAAGACCGUCCUAUACGCAAGCGCGUGAACCGCAUCGAUUCCGAUGACAGCGAGAGUGAGGAGGAGGUGAAGAAGAGCCCGACAGAGAAGGACACAGAGGAGACCGUCGUCAAAGGGCCCAGUCCACUGGACUACAACUUGGUGGAGCUUCCUUCCACGAAUGGACAAAGCCCAAUGAAGGGUUUAGAGGGUCUCAUUUCACGACCUGGAGCGGGGCCGCUGCCUAAAAACAGCAACGCCCCUUCAGCUGUAUCCAUGGCGGAAAAUGGCCUAGAGAUGCCCCCCCAGCAGGAGGAAGAUGAGGAUGACCUUUUGGGCGUCACAGACCUCGUAGACUAUGUCUGCAACAGUGAACAGUUGUAAGACCUUGCAUUCUUUCUUUUUUUAAACCUUCAUCCUACGCGUCCACUGUCAGCAUCAUCCAUAUUGUAUGAUCUUGACCUUACUCUCGGAUCCCGAACCGUACACGAUCCCUGUUUAAUGGGCUAACAGACGAGACCAGAGACUGAAUGCUGCAGAGGUCUUGGAUUCUGCCCUCAGUGGCACAUCAUAGCUGUAAAUAUUUUAUUGAGCAAAAGUAUCAAGGAGAGGAGAAAUUCUUUCCGAGAAAAUCCCCUGAGAUAUUUUUCUUUUCAGUAUCUUUUUCCUUCUUUGGUAAGAGGGAUGUGUCUCAGACACAAAACCCUCUCUGAAAACAACCUCUAAAACCUCUUUUUACACUAACCACAUAGCCAUGCUCAUUAAUAAAUCAGACGUCUGACUUAGAGACUUGUUUUGGGUUGAUAUGAGUUUUCACAUUUUUGCACAUUUCAGAAAGAAGAAAAAGAGGGUGGAGCUUGGACCCAAAGUGGGUGGACUUGGUAUGCUGGAAGAGGGCGGGGUUAGUGUGGAUGGCCAUCAGAUGAAAUAAGCCAAGCCGCAUUUUUGAAGUUUCACACGUUUGAUAUUUGCACAAAAAUGCUAAUAUCUUUUGUUCCACUCUGAGGCUCUUUUUAAACGUUCAUCUUAUAAUCUGAUUGGAGUGGAAAUCAAAUUUCUACCGAUUGGUUUUACAGUGUCAUUAGGUGGGAAAGGUUUUUAUUAAAUGAUGUCAUUAUAAGCUUUGUUUUGUUAUACUAUUUAUUAUUACUAAAAUUGUCAUUUGUAACUGAGGUUAUUAUUGCUUGGUCAAACAGCUGCUUCCAUCAUUAAAGCAAAAAAUGUCUAGUGCAAAGCUCAUUUUCUAAUUCGAUUCUUCACUUGUACUCCUAUCAUUUAUGUUAUUCUGAAAUUUUUAUUUUUUUUAGCAUAUCCCCAUUUUUUUUUGUUUAAACACUAUUCAAUCAGGCAGCUUGUUGAUGCUUCAAAUGCCAAAACUUUUACUUACAGAUUUUAACUUACAAUUUUUUUUACCACUCUGAUGUGCAGUUUGUUUUUAUGAGCGAUUCCUCCCUUAGAGAAGUUUAGGGUUGUUCAUCUCAUGACGAUCAAAGGGAUUCAUCUUUUUUCACCUGUCCUGUUUGUCUUUUUCAGUGCACUAUAUUCAACCAUGUUUUUGUAUAAAUAUAACCAUUGAAAUGUUUUGCUUUUUUAAAAUGCGUACUAGUUAUGUGUUGACAAUGUUUUUUCGUCACUUUAUAAAGCAAUACAUUUUUCCUAAAGAUACACGAAAGAGAUUCAUCAUGUUCUGGUUCACAAUACAGAAUCAUCUAUUUUUAAGGACGGAUUUUGGUUAUCUGGUUUUCAGCCCCUCUACUGCAGGCACACUGAAAUCGGAAAACACAUACGAGAAAAGUGGUAUGAUCUUGCAUUAUCCUUGUGUGUAUAUCUGCAGUUUUCUGCUGUAACAUAGUAGAAGCAUUUUUAAAUCAUUGAAACUACACAUGGCAGUCCUUCAUGAUUGCAGCCGUUUAUUAUUUGUUUUGUACAUUUGUACCUGUCCAAAGUGAGUUAGGGCAUGUCUUACUGUUGUUUUCAUCAAUACAUUGAAUUGUUGUUUUUGCUUUUAAAGUUUUCAGUCUUGUCCUGUUUUCCACUGAUUGCUAAAACAUUUCCAAGAGCAUCUGAUGUAAACCCCAAGAAACAGUGUAAUUGUUGGAAUGUCAGCGUUCGACAAAAGCUAUGUAAAAAUUGUCUUGUAAAAUAAUGUUUAUUCUUGGCAUGCACAUACGUUCUAGAUGGAUUUAUUUGCUGUUGCAGCAUUUGGGGAAUCGAGAUUAGAUGACACGAAAUCUGAUUUCUCACAAAUUUAGUGCCACUUUUUUACAAAUUAAGAUCAGAAUGCCAGUUUGACUGUAGAUACAAACUUAAAGCUCGAGAGCACCGUUAGGUACUAUUCCACAUCUCCUGGUGUGUUUUAUCAGUAUUGGGCCAGUGCUUAUGAUAAAGAGAAGAGAAAAACAAAGGUACAGACACUGAUUAAAAGCUGUGGCCCAGCUUUCAUCAUGAUAUGCUUUAUAUUUGUAUUUCACAAUCUGAUGAGGUUUAAUAAUGGAUUCCGGCCCCAGUGUUUUCAGAUAUUUGGCUCAUGUAGAUUGACAGCGGAUGGAAAGAUUGAAAGAACCUCAUCUGGUUCUAGCUUUUAGAGAUGUCCUUUGUGUUUGUCUGUUCCUCUUUUGGACGUUUUUGUUAACUGUAUUGUAAUUUCUUUCAUAUGAUUUACAAUCUUGUACAUUUGUCAUAAUAAAAAAUGAAAUUAAAUAAAA